UUCCACAGUGGUGCCAAGAAAAGUUGUCGCGGAGUAUAGGUGGUCCACCACCUGUUGCGCUUCUGUCUGCUGCUGGCUGUCCUGCUGUUCGUCUGCGCACUUCGAAGCUCCCGCCGUCCAAGAUAAGAUAGAUAAGCAUGUUGUCUGCGGCCGUCAAACAAGUUGCGAGCAGGCAUGCUGUGCGGCGUGCCUCUAGUGGCUGGGCAGCCACGCAGACACUCCUGCAGGAGCAGCUGGCAGACAUCCGUGAGGCUGGCACGUACAAGACUGAACGGGUGCUCACCUCCCGGCAGGCAGCAUCUGUGCAUGUUGCAGGCUGGGACAGGCCGGUGCUCAACCUGUGUGCCAACAACUACCUGGGACUCUCGAGUCACCCCGAUGUGAUAGAGGCUGGCAAGAAGGCUCUGGACACCCACGGUGCAGGGUUGAGCUCGGUGCGCUUCAUCUGUGGAACACAGGACAUCCACAAGGAACUGGAACAGAAGAUUGCACGCUUCCACGGCCGGGAGGACGCCAUUCUGUAUGCCAGCUGUUUUGAUGCCAAUGCGGGCAUCUUUGAGGUUCUUUUGAGCCCCGAGGACGCAGUGCUGUCGGAUGAGCUCAACCAUGCUUCCAUCAUUGAUGGAAUCCGUCUCUGCAAGGCGCAGAAGUACCGCUACAAGCAUCGAGACAUGAAUGAUCUGGAGGAGAAACUGCGGGACGCUGUUGGAAAGAGUCGCCAGAGGCUCAUUGUCACCGACGGAGUCUUCAGCAUGGAUGGCAAUGUGGCUCCACUGAGGGACAUCUGUGACCUUGCAGACCGUUACAAUGCCAUGGUGUUUGUCGAUGAGUGCCAUGCCACGGGCUUCUUUGGCAACAGUGGCAGGGGUACCGAGGAACACUUUGGUAUCUCUGGCCGUGUGGACAUCAUCAACUCUACUCUGGGCAAGGCACUGGGAGGCGCUGCAGGUAACAAGUUUGUUUACUUUUCUGGGCAUGUCUGGCAAGAAUGUUUGAGAGCAUAAAAUGGAAUAAAGAACAUUU